CAGCUCAGCUCAGCUCAGCUCAGCUCAACACCAGCCGCUGCUCUGAUAGAAGUGAAGAAGAAUUACAAAGAUGUCUGUCCUGCAGGAGAUUAGUCCAAAUGUAAAGAACAUGAAACAGUUGGAGUAUGUAGUCCUGGCCAGACAAGCAAGCCAGAUCAAGGAAGAGCUCAGAAAGGGAGCGAGAAAGCCAUACAGUGAAGUGAUAGAUGUCUCCUGGGGUGACCCACACAGGGCAGGUGUGAAGCCUCUGUCAUUUGUCCGACAGGUUCUUGCAGCGUGUCUUUACCCUGAGCUUGUGAACAGCAACAAACUGCCAGUGGAUGUCAGACAGAGGGCUCAAAGGCUGCUUGGGCAAUGUGCUGGAGGCAGUAUAGGCUCUUAUACUGCUACAGCGGGUAUAGCAGAAGUAGUCCACAGAGUCUCUGAAUUCAUAACGAGACGAGACGGCGGAGCUCCCUCUCACCCUGAAAACAUAUUCAUCAGCCCAGGCUCACAGUGGGCACUCGAGAACAUUCUCAAAGUCUUGGUGAACAGCGAGAGUUCACCAAAAACAGGCGUGCUGACUCCAGUGCCAUGUCACUGCACUACCACUUUGUCCAUUAUGGGGGUGGGAGCAGUUGUCGUUCCCUACUACCUCAGUGAGGAGCAGGGCUGGGAGCUGCAGGUGGAGGAGCUGCAUCGAGCGCUGGAAUCUGCCAAGGGAGUCUGUAACCCUGUAGCUGUGUACGUCAUCAACCCUGGAAAUCCCUCAGGUCAUCUUCAAAGCAGAAAAUCAAUUCAAGAGGUGAUCCGGUUUGUCUCAGAGAAGAAGCUCUUCCUUCUGGCCGAUGAGGUCUAUCAGGGCUGUGUUUAUGCGGAAAAUACUGAGUUUGUCUCUUACAAGAGGGUUUUGGCUGAGAUGGGCCCUCCUCUUUCGGACACAGUGGAGCUGGCGUCCUUCCACUCAGCAUCCAAAGGCUUCAUGGGAGAGUGUGGUAUGCGUGGUGGAUAUGUGGAGCUGGUAAAUCUGGACCCCAAUGUUAUGAAAUACAUCUACAAGCUGUUCUCGAAAGACGCCUGUGCACCUGUGUUGGGUCAGAUUGCUCUGGAUCUGAUGAUCAACCCUCCACAACCAGGAGAUCCCUCAUACCCCCUUUAUAAUGUGGAGACACAAAACAUCAGGACCAUGCUGGUUCAUAAUGCGAAGAGAGCCUUUGAGGUUGUAAACAGUCUGCCGGGUUUCUGCUGCCAACCAGUGGAAGGAGGAGCAUUUGCAUUUCCCAGACUGCAUCUUCCACCUAAAGCCAUUCAGAAAGCCAAGGAGGUGGGAUUGCAACCAGAUACGUUCUACUGUAUCAGACUACUAGAGGAGGCUGGCGUGCUAAUCAGUCCUGGUUGUGAGUACGGACAAAAGGAAGGCACCCACCACAUCAGAUUUUGCAUUAUGACCUCUGAGGUCAUGAUGGAAGAAUUACUAAGACGCCUGACCUGCUUUCACACACAGUUUAUGAAGGAUUUUUCCUAAACAAUGGGAACUUAAGGGGGAAAAAAGUCAGUUCUCUCCCUUCCAUCUAUCUGCAGUUGAAUAAUUCAUAAACAAUAAAAAGGAUCUGAUCAGUUUCUGGAGGUUAGCAUGUGAACAUUUAUUGCAAUAAAUAUGACAUCCUGCA